AUGUUGUUCAAUAUCCUGUCUUCUACUCUGCUGCUGGCAGCAACCACCUCUGCUCUUCCCGCUGAGAUUGAGUCCCGCGCAACAAACACAUACCUCACAAACUCGCAUACAGCCAUCACUGAGCUUCAGACCUUCUACAACUCGCCUCGUCCUGGAUUCUGGAGCGCCGGCUGGUGGAACACCGCAAACUGUCUGACUUUGCUCGCCGACCUGCGCGCAAAGGACAGCUCCUCAUUCCUGACAAGCAUCACCGACGGUGCCAACGGCGUCUUCAAACACACCUUGAGCAGCCAAGGCAAAGACAGCACCGGUGCCCUCAACUGGGACGACUUUUUCGACGACCAGCUGUGGUGGGUGGUUGCUCUGAUCAAGACCUACGAUGUCACCAAGGACACCAGCUUCCUCACUACUGCAAACGUCACCUUUGCCUCUGUCAGCUUGAACAACAAGCCCUCGAACAACCCUUGCGGCGGUCUGGCAAACGCCUAUCCUUCUGAGAAGUACCUGGUCAAGAGCAGCACCAUCGCUACUGUGCUCUACGUGGAAGCCGCAGCUCUACUCGCCACCCGCUGCCCGGCCCAAAGCACCUACUUCAUCAACCUUGCCAAGACGCAGUGGAGCUGGUUGACCAAGAACAUCCUUAUUGAUGGUAUAAUGCAAGGAGAUGCAUUGACCGGUAGCCCUCCUUCCUGCGGCAACAACCACGCCUUCUUGACAUACAUUGAAGGUGUAGCUUUGCAAGCUCUUGUUGCCCUCUACCACGCCACAAACGACGCCUCAUACCUCACCACCGCCGACACCUUGGCCACAAAGCUGCUGUCAGGCAAGUACGGCAUGAUGGACGCCAACAAGAUUGCUCAAGAGUUCUGCGACGGUGAUCUUUCCUGCAACCCUGAUACCGCACAGUUCAAGGGUAUCAUGAUGAGAGGACUACGCACUCUGCGCGAUGCAAAGCCUUCUGCUGCUGGUGGUCAGAUCAAGGCCUUUUUGACCAAGAAUGCAGACUCCAUCUGGGCCAACUCCAGACAGAGUGGAAGUAACUUGCUGGGAGAGAAGUGGGCUGGUCCCUUUGCUUUGGGCAACAGUCAGGCUUUGCAGUUGAGUAGUCACAGCUCGGCUACCAUGGCUUUGGUGCAGGCUGCUUUGGCUAGUAUGUAG